AUGGUGUUUACAUUGUUCGGUGCACCCUCUACACUGAUAUCGGAUAACGCGCAAGUAUUCAAAUCGAACCAAUUCCUCAAACUGCUUGGAAAGUACAAGGUAACCCAUUGGUUAUUGCCCGUCUACCAUCCCGCUCCAAACCCCACGGAGCGCGUUAACCGCGUGAUCGUCACGGCCAUAAGGUGUGCUCUUAACAAACAGCUCUCUCACAAAAAUUGGGAUGAUUCGAUCCCUAAUAUCGCCAUGGCAAUAAGGACAAGCGUACAUGAGAGCACUGGAUUCAGCCCUUAUUUCAUCAAUUUUGGUCGUCACAUGGUGAGCAAUGGCAGCGAGUACGAUCACCUCAGGAAACUGGCUCCAGAUGUAGAAUACGACCCUACGAGGAUGAGUGAAGACAUGAAGAAACUUUACGAGGUCGUCCGAAUGAAUCUGCAUCGAGCAUACGAACGAUAUUCCCGUCCAUACAAUCUUCGUUCUAAUACGCGACAUCAGUUUAAUCAGGGAGACAUCGUCUAUCGUAAAAAUACUCACCUGUCAGACAAGGCUAAGGACUACGUGGGUAAAUUCGGCAACAAAUUCUCUAAGGCUCGGGUAAAGGAAAGAAUAGGAACAAACACCUACGUUUUAGAAGAUUUAUUGGGUCAUCGGAUACCAGGGACCUACCACGGUUCCUUCCUUCAGAAGGCAUAG